ACAAGCCGCCGCGAUGCCAGGUGAUGGGCCACGCAGCUGGCAGCGACGGUUGGAGGGGGGCUGAGCCCCUCACACUGUGGCUGCCAUGGAGGUGCUGCUGGCUGUCGCUCUGCUCCUGCUCCUGCCCCCUGGCAGGGCCACCGGACCGCUGCCCACCCUGGCCCCGCCACUGAGCAUGAUGGUGGCCGGGCAGCGCCGGCGGCUGGUGGUCUGCGUGGUGAGCGACCUGGCCCCCGGCUCCGGCCACGCCGUCUGGAUCUCCGGUGGGAACGGCAGCACCCUGCAGUCCUUCACCUACGGGGCCUCCCAGGAGGACGGUGGCACCGUCUGCACCGUCUCCCUCCUCCCCGACGACCCCCCGGCCGAGGGGGAUCUCGCCUGCCACGUCGGACCCAACACAACCUCCCCGGCCCACAGCUCCAGCCCCAUCCGCGUCACGGGCGACGAAGAAGCGGCAGAGCCGUGUCCCAGCAGCACAGCUGUGUGCAAGUACGUGGCGGUGGAGCUGAAAUCCGCUUUUGAGGAGACCGGCAAGACCAAGGAGGUGAUUGACACCAAAUACGGCUUCCUGGACGGGAAGGGCUCUGCCGUCAAGUACACGCAGUCGGACAUCCGGUUAAUCGAGGUGACGGAGAACAUCUGCAAGCGGCUGUUGGAUUACAACCUGCACAAGGAGAGGAGCGGCAGUAACAGAUUCGCAAAGGGCAUGUCGGAGACGUUCGAGACCCUGCACAACCUGGUGCACAAGGGCGUCAAGGUGGUGAUGGACAUCCCCUACGAGCUGUGGAACGAGACCUCUGCUGAGGUGGCUGACCUCAAAAAACAGUGCGACGUGCUGGUGGAGGAGUACGAAGACGUGAUCGAGGACUGGUACAGGCACCACCAGGCAGAGGAUCUCUCCCAGUUUCUCUGCGCCGACCACGUGUUAAAAGGAAAGGACACAAGCUGCCUGGCAGAGAAGUGGACUGGCAAGAAGGGUGAUUUGGCCAGCGCGGGGGAGAAGCAGAGCAAGAAAAAGAGCGGGAAGAAGAAGAAAAAGGGCCGGAAGGAUGAGGACGAGGGAGCUGCCAGCCUCCCGGCCGCAGGGGAGGCCCUGGAGGAGAGCGGGGUCCAGGAGGAGCCUCCGCUCCCCCACAGCCCGUCCGAUGAGCUGUAGGGACGCAGCCCCAGCCCCCGGGGUCUCACCCCGCCGUCUCCCGCGGGUACCAAAGGAAAAGGGACUUUGUGGCGAGGCGUGAGCGACUGACCCCGGGGAGGCUGGAGACUUACAAGGGGGGGGUGAUCCCACGAGCGGGGGUGGUGGGUGACACGGAGCCACCGCCGCGACGCUGCUGGGGCUCCGGCCACGGGAGGGGCCCUGGGGUCGGCUCCUCGUCCUGCCCGCGUUGCCCGCACCUUGCCCGGACUGUAAAUAAAGCCGUUUUCCCCAGAACCGCCGCCGCUGCCGGCCUUGCUUCGCCCGCCGGGCCGGAUCCCGUUCCCGCGGUGGGCGGGGCUCCGC